ACCCCAAAUUACUUAGCCGUUAAUUUAGGUGAUUAGUGGAUUGAAGGGCAAGUUUCCUUGUGUUUAUGAUGGAAUGGAGUGGGAUUGCACAUAAGUUGACGUGUAUUAAUUUCACAUGGGGGUUUAUUUAUAUAGCUCUGUUCCCAAUGACUCUUAUCUUCUUCUCUUACUUCAUUAAUUCGUGUGAGAUCUGUGUUUUUGAGUUUUUAUAAUUGGUGUUGAUGGCUAUCAUCCAACAGGAUAAAUCUGAAGCAAUCUUGGAGAAUGUUUGGGCGAAUUUUAUUGGUGAGAAUGGAUUGGAUGGACAUGGAGGAGGAACAAGAAGUGGUGGUUCUGGAUUAAACAAGUCUUGGACAGAGCUACCAAGUCUUUGUUGUGGAGAUGGAUCCAUGGAGGUUCUUGAAAGGCUACCAAGUCUUGGAAGAUGGAUAUCCAUGGGAGCUGACGCAUGGGAGGAGCUUCUUCAUGGGAUUGUUCCUGCUUCCAAUACACACCAAUCUUUUCAUGACAAUUUGGAGAGCUCCCCAGUUCAUCAUUCUGGUUUUGUUGUUGAUAGUACACGAGUGGAGACAGCGGUGGCGACGAAACACUACCGGGGUGUGAGGAGACGACCGUGGGGGAAAUAUGCAGCGGAAAUUCGAGAUUCGUCGCGAAAAGGUGCUCGGGUUUGGCUUGGGACUUUCAAUACAGCUGAGGAAGCUGCAUUGGCUUAUGACAAAGCUGCACUGAGGAUUAGAGGUCCAAAGGCACAUCUCAAUUUCCCUGUUGACACUGUUGUUGAAGCUAUGGGAAUGCAUUCGUCAACAAAUAUUGAUCAUUUGGAUAAUCUCAUGCCUUCUUUUCAAGGACAUGACGACUCUGCUUCUUACUCACAAUUAGGCAGCCACGGAAGUUCGUCGAUCAUCGGCAAGCGAACGACAAGGGAAUGGGAAGAUAAUCUCAAUUUCAACGACAUGGAAUUCGAACAUCCAACGGUGAAGAGAAAGACCAACAUGUUCUACAAUGAUUUCGACGUGUUCGAGUUUCAAGACUUGGGGAGUGAUUAUUUGGACAACUUGAUGUCUUCUUUAUGAUAUCGUCUUGUCUAAGAUCCAUCUAGUUUGAUUGGUAACGGCAAGGUUUUUGUCACUAAGUAGACCAGCAGAAAGGGGAAAAAAAUCCCAAGAACAUAUUU